AAUUCCGACCGUCUAACAUCACACAAAACACCCAUCAUACACAUGGGGUUGAAUUAGCUGAAUACGUCACAAAAGCCAUAAGAUAAUUGAAUUGGGUGUGCAAAAUUGAGAUGGAUAUCGAAUCGUUGAAGAAAUUCUUGGAGAAAGAAGGAGGAAGCUAUGAAACCUCAGUGGAUUCCAUGCCUUCAAGAUUUAUUGAACCCUUUGUUUGCCAUGGGAUAAAGGUUGACCUUGUUGAGCCGGGUCGGAUUCUCUGUUCAUUCAAAGUCCCUCUUCGUCUAGUGAAUGCCGGUAAUUUUCUACAUGGUGGAGCUACGGCGACUCUGGUGGAUAUUAUGGGUUCUGCUGUUGUUCAUACUGUAGGUGCGCCAUUGACUGGUGUGUCACUUGAGAUCAACGUUUCAUAUUUGGAUGCUGCUUAUCUCGGAGAGGAAAUCGAACUUGAAGCCAAAGUAUUACGAGUUGGGAAGUCAAUCGCUGCUGUCACUGUUGAGUUGAGGAAGAAAAAGACGGGGAAGAUAGUUGCACAAGGUCGCCAUACCAAGUAUUUGGCUGUCAAUAGUAAGCUUUGAGCUAUAUAUACUUUCUGAAGAAAUUUCCCAUACAUAUAUGGGACGUGAAUUCAUAAGUAGUUUUGGCAUGUAUUGUGCAAUUGAACAUUCAAGUAUGAAAUAUUUUUUAUCUCAAUGAAUGAUCGUUGUUAUAAUGAGAUUUGACUGUAUUACGAAAA